GACUCAGGCUUGACUGAACAGCAGGCGAUCGGCAGGGUUGAUAUGGCAUCUGCCAGAGAUCACGAGGAUCAAACCGUGCCGGAUGGUGACGACGUGGAGAGUCGCAUCCAGGGGAUUCAGUCUCGUUACAUGCGGUGUUCGUCACCCAGCCUCUCUAUGAUGUCAGGGUCCAGAUUUUCUGCCAUCUCGGGCUCAGAUGCCACCAGUAUUUUCAUGGAGCCCAUCCAUUUGUCAUCUGCCAUCGCCGCCAAGAAGAUCAUCAAUGAGGAAUUGCCGCCUCGAGGUGUCCGCGCUGAGUCGAUCCCUGAGUCCAUGCUUGAAACCGCAGAGCAGCUGAUGGUGGAGGACCUCUACAACAGAGUGCGGGACAUGAUUGAUGACCGCAGCCCCUACAACACACCCUGCGUGCUGGACAUCCAGAGAGCGAUGGUUCAGGACCGCCUGGAGGCCCCCAGCAGACCUGUGGAUGAAGUGUGGCCAAACAUAUUCAUCGCUGAAAAAUCUGUUGCCGUCAACAAGGCCCGGCUGAAGCGAAUGGGCAUCACACACAUCCUGAACACUGCGCACGGCACAGGUGUCUACACCGGGGAGGCUUUCUAUAGCGGGAUGGGUGUCCAUUACAUGGGCGUUGAAGUAGAUGACUUCCCUGACGUCGACAUCUCUCCACACUUUCGGCCCACCGCUGAGUUCUUGGACGAGGCUUUACUGACCCACAAAGGCAAAGUUGUGGUGGUUUCCAUGAUGGGCGUCAGUCGCUCAGCUGUCCUGGUGGCAUCCUACCUGAUGAUCUUCCAGCACAUGACCAUCAUGGAAGCACUGACAGCCAUGAGGAAAAAGCGGCCGAUCAAUCCCAAUGAAGGUUUCCUUAAACAACUGCGACAGCUCAACGAGGAUCUGCUGGAGGAGCGUGAUGAGGACGACACACUCAGCCAGUGUUCUGUUAUCGAUGCACGCACGCGUGCUCGUAUCUUUGGCACGGGGAGUGAAGAUAAUGAGACUGAUCCGGAGGAAGCGCAAAGCAUGAUGGAAGUAAAAGCAAAUUCCAUCAUGAUGGAAGAGGAGGAGGAUGGCACAAGUGUGAUGAGCAGCGUGGCCACUUCUGCAGCUGCUGAGGAGCUCCGGAGUGGAUCCAUCAGACCGCAUGAAACGCAACCUUCAUUUGGUGUUGAAGAGAAAUCUUUCCUCCCUGAGCAGGUGGGAAUCGGGGAAGGUGGCGAGGAUGAAGACUGUCUGGAUAAAAUGAUCCACGAGUGGCAGCGCAGGAAUGAGCAAUACCAAAGUGAUGAGUGGUGGGAGGCACAGCUGAACAGUGAUGAGGAGGAUGGGGCAUCCAACAAAUGGGCAGAUGCUGAUGUGGAGAGCGUCACCAGUGAAGAUGUGCGUGCCCUAAAGGAACGUUUGAAGCGUCGCAACACACGACCUCCGAUGGAUGCUGCGUCCACCUCGAGCUGCACAAGUUACGCUGACCUAUGGAAGCAGCGACUGCGAGAGAUUGAGGAAGAGGCCUCUGCACGGUAUCGAAAAAAGGACAAUGGGGAAGGCGAUGAGAGUGAUGAAACACAAGAACAAGAGAGAAAAAAUAAGAUUGAUGACGAGAUGGAGAGCAUCCUGUCAGACACUACGUCCAUGUACAAUUUCUGUCAGAAGAACAAGGAGAAGAUGACACCCUUGGAGCGCUGGCGGGUCAAGAGAAUUCAUUUUGGAUGGAACAAGAAAGAUCGUGAGGAUGGAGAGAAAAGUUCUGCUGGUGAUGAUGAGAAAAGUAAUGGCGUCGAAGCAACGACGCCCUCCUUCGAAGAUGUCAACCUGACAGCAUAUCAGGCUUGGAAACGGAGGCAGCAGAGGCGACUCGGGGAGGAAAAUAUGGAAGAGAUUCUAGAGCUGAGUCGGGGAGAGGACUCUACAGCCAUCAAACGGAGACAGAAGCGAGAGGAGAUUCUGGAGCGUUCCAAAAAAACUUUAGAAGAGAGUCAGUCCAUGUGUGGCUGGGAGAACGACAGCUGUGUAAGCGGUGCAACGAUACCCCUCUCCGCCUUCUGGGCUGGAGCUGGAAUCACCGGACCUCCCACCGUCAUUAAUGAUGACAACACAUCUAUGAUCAGCGGACAAUCAUCUGUGCGAUCAUCUGCGUCACAGGCCUGUGGUACAAGAUCAACACACUCUAACCUACAACCAGCUCCAAUCUCAUCUGUUCCGACCGUCCAGGGUGCCUCGGGAGAACCAAUGGUAAACCUGGCCAGUAUCCAGAAUUGGAUCGCCAAUGUAGUCACUGAAACCAUUAAACAGAAGCAGAGCGAAAUGAGCCUGCCUCCUCCGUCACUUGCAGGAUCGGAGCUGAGCUUUGGUGCACCAACAAGUGUGAUUUCAGGCCGUGGUGGCGAUGACGAUAAAACAUCCGUGUUGAGUCGGCAGGCCUACUCCAGUAGCACGUCGCAAGCUCGUGACCGGACAUCGUCUGUCCUGUCGGGCAGUGGCUACAGUGGUGUCAGUGCACAAGGCUCUGUCCUGGAAGGCAAGAAAAACAAAAUCACCACCACCAGUGUCCCUCUGUUCAGCCUCUUCCAAGACCAGGUCAACCUGGGAAAAUUGGAUGCCAUUGACAAGGAGAUCAAGUCUGAAAUGAGAGGCAAGAUGGCGACCUAUGAGAAGAAGAAAAUCAUGGAGGACAACAAGCGCAGCACUUUGUACAAGAAAAAGAAACCAAAGGAGGAUGAAGAUGAAGCAGAGGAGAAAAGGAAGGAUGAAUUCUUUGAAGAAACAAAGAAGAAAAAGCAGAAACCUGUGAAGACAUUUGGCCUCUCUGGAUGUUUGAACCUAAACCCGGCUCUUGAGAGUGAUAAGAACACCAGCGUUGACGAGUGGCUCAAAAGUGUCAGGCCUCCUCCAAGAAAAUCAGCCUCCAGUGCAGAAGAGGAUCCCUAUGAUGACAUUGAUGGCUCUGCCUCCCAGUUUGACUUCUGUAGCCGCAGGGCCUCAUGUGCCAGCGAGGACUAUGACAAAACAUACGGUGGUACCUCCGCAUACCUAACCCAGAGGCACAUGAAUCCAUCUGCUGAUGAAGUGGAAUAUUCCAGCAUCGACAACGACCACAGUCAAGGCAGGAGGUCAUACGGCAAGGAUGAUGAGAGAAAUGACCACAGCUCCAGGAGAAACUUCACAAACCAUUCACAAUACAAAUGCAACAAUACAGUAAGAGGAGGACAGGAAACGGAUGGUGAUGAUGAGGAAGAGGACGUUGCGACCUUUAUCGCCCAAACUCGGCAGAGGAUCAGAGCUCGAGCGGCUGCCGAGGGGCCCGACGACGAGGUGCUCGCCGCCUGGAGGGCACAGCAGGAAGCCAAGUGGCAUAGUCAAUCAUAGACAAAUUGCGCAGAAAACAGAUGUGUGGUGCCAUUGACUGCCGGGGGGUUAAGAGCCAAUUACCCUAAUGAGGACAAGUGGUAUAGAAAAUGGAUAGAUGGACAAGUGGACAUCGUUGAGUCAAGACAAAUAGACAUUUUUUGGUCUCUAAAUGUGCAAAUUCCAGAAAUUAAACAGGUUUGGAGUAUUUAUUUGUAUUAAAAGAAAAAUAUUGCUGUGCAUUAAAUAAAUGGUUUUAAAAAAUUACCUGAAUUUAUUGUUUUUCAAAUGUAAUCUUCUACAAAAGUGAGUAGAAUAGCCAAAUAUCGUACUCAAAUUAAGAGUGCUGUUACUUGAUAACAAUGUCACUCACGUUAAAGUAAAAAGCAGUCCUCCCCCAAAAAAUUGAAUAACCAUAAAAAGUACUCAGUGAAAAAAAACAUUGAGCAAUUAUUGAGCAAAUGCUGAGUGACAGUGAUUGUUAUUAUUUUUAAUUGGAGCAUGACAAAUGUUAAAUUAUGUGAAUGCAAUCUCUGAUAUUGGUGGCACGGUGGAGCAUCUGCCUCACAGUUUUGCGGACCGGUGUUCAAAUCCCAGCCCCGCCUGUGUGGAGUUUGCAUCUUCUCCCCGUGCGUGCGUGGGUUUUCUCCGGGCAGUCCAGUUUCCUCCCACGUCCCAAAAACAUGCACUCUUUGGAGGCUCUAAAAUUGCACGUGGGUGUGAAAAGUUGUUUCUAUGAGGCCUGUGAUUGGCUGGACCAGUUCACCGUGGACUUCGCCUCCUGACCGGAGGUAGCUGGGAUAGGCUCCAGCAGUCACGCGACUUUUGUGAGGAUAAGCGGCUCAGAAAAUCUAUCUCUUACAUUAGCGUAUGUGUGUACUGUGUGAGAUUAGCACGUAGCCCAACGGAUUCAUGUUUUACAGUUACUUGUGACAAAUAGGGGUAAUGUGGGCUAAUAGGCACAGCCAAAACAACAGCAAAACAAUUACAAUUUACUGCAGGAUAUUUUCUCAAUUUAGAAGUGGGCUUAAGUAUCCACAUUUGGGCAGACAUUGGCAAACAAAUACUACAAUGCAUAAAAGCUGUGUUUUUUUUCUUUAUUUCAAUGGAAACAUGAGUCACGCGCUAUUUCCUUUAAUGGUGACAAUCAAUUUCCUAACAUGUCGCUACGUAUGCAUAUCGAUUAGCCAGGCUGGUUUACCUAGUGGUAUUAAAAAAAAAAAAAAUAAAUAAAAUUCGAUUUUCUUCUUGCUUGUGGACAAAAUGUUGGGUCUCUUGAGUGCAAGAGCACCCAUAAAAUGUAAACAUCAAACAACCAGGUAUGAGCUACCUAAUUUUUAAUAUAUGUCAAUGGGCAUGCUGUUUUUGUUCAGAUUUGUCAAAUUGUGAUGCCACAAUUUGGCUAAUUUGCAUAAUACCACCACAACACUCAGAUUGUCCUCUUAUGACUCAGAAUCUAGGCUGAAUGAAGAUCUGCCAUUUUCAGGCAACGGCCAGACAGAAACUAUCACACAUGAUUUUAUGUGGCCCGCGGAGCCAAAUUGAGAGUGUCAAUUCUUGCAAAAUCUGUACCAAAAUUUCAAAAUGUCAUUAUCAUAAAUGAUGAAGUUGAGAUAUUACAAGCAUUUUUGUUACCAAUUGAAAAACAAAUUGCCCUUGAUUUUUGAUUCCAAAACUAAUUCAUAAAUUGAUGACGUGAUUAUGAUGAGAUGAUUAAAUAUUUUUAUUGUUUCACAGUCACAACGGCCCUCUGAGGGAACCCGGAACUACAAUGCGGCCUGCGAGAAAAAUGAUUUUGACACCCCUGCUGUAUCAUGUCAAAUGUGCUAGCACAAAUCACUGAGCCAGCAAUGAUAAUCUACAUUAGCAUCAAAUACCUGACCU